AUGUAACCUUACUAUGAUAAAGACACUGAUGAUGACUGUAAAUUUGAUAAAUAUGUAAUCUUAGUUUCUGACAAUACUUCAGUUGAUGGUCUAAAUUAAAGACCAUAAACAGCGCCUCCAAGUCCAAUUACAGAACUUGAAGAAUUCAAAAGGUUUUCAUCCAAUCAUAUUAUAGAUAACGCGAAUUUUAUAUUUUAGAAAAAGCUUAACAUUACUAAAAUUAAUUAAUUUAAAGAGAGUUUCAUAAAUAUGAUCUAGAUAACCCUGAAGGUUAACGAAGUUGUAAAAAAUACUUAAAAACAUUAGAGGAAAUGUGCAUAGUAUUUACAUACUUAAAUAUUCUUUAUAGAUUUAUUAAGUAUAAACUUUAUCAAGAGAUUAUCGAAAUACUUUUUCUAAGGCUUACAAAAUUUUAUAUAAAGAAGAUAGAUUGUGUUAUCUUACUGAAAUAUUAGAUAGUGCAUAAGAAGGUUUUUUAAAAAAUUAAUUAAUAGGAUUUCCUUACUUAUGGGUCAAUUCUGAGAAAUUUGUUUUUUCCUCAGAUGUACUAUCUAAAGGAUCUAAAUUAAUAGAACUAUUUUAUAAAGUUUAACAUGUUAUUAGACUUUCAUAUUCUAGAACACUUAAAGAAAGUCCUGAAUUCUCAUCAAAACAAUUAAAAUAAGAAAUUACAAAGAUAUUGGAAGAUUUUGAUUAGAUUUGGGUAGAUUUCGAAAAAGUAAUGAUUUAAAUAAAAUAAUUUUUAGCUUUAUGUUAAAGAAUUAAUGGAAAUUGAAGCUAAGGCUAGAAGAUAUAUUCUUUUGGCAAUUGAGAUUGAUAAAGAGAUGACUUCUAUUGAAAUUAGAGAAAAGUUAAGAGGUAAAAUACUUGUUACUAGUGAAAACUACAUAUAAAAAAAAGAACAAGUAAUUUUUAUAAUAAUUAUUAUUAGUUUUGUAAAGUUAUUGCUUAAAUUAACUCUGUUGCAAAUGUUGAAGGUAAAGGUAGAGAGGAUUUGGGUAUAAACAUUCUUUUAGAAGCAGAAGGAAUAACAAGAAGAGUAACAAAAGAGUAAUCAAGUGCUGUUCGUAUGUUAGCUGAUAGUAUCAAAGCAAAGUAAAUUUAUACUUUAAAUUAGUUUCUAAAAAUUUCGAGAAUAAAUGAGAAAAUAUGAAGGUAAUAUUGAAAUGGUAGAUCCAUAAUUAAAAAAUAAUUAAGAACUUGUAGAUUUAUUAGUUGAAUAUGAAUCUUAAUGGGAAAAAGGAUUGUAUUAUUUAUUAGAUCCUACUAAAUGUUAAUAAUUAAUGUACUUUUCACAUAUAAUUGAAACUACUGCCGAAAAAUAUAAAUAAUUUUAAGAAUAGUUAGAAUGCAGAGAUUCUGAUAUAUUUGUAACCAUACCUUGUUUGAUUGCUUUGAAAUAUUUAGAGAAUGAGGAUAGAAAUAUAUGUACUUAUUUCUUACCAAAAUUAAAAGAAGAAACUUCGGAAUUAUACUAAUAAUAUGCUCAACUUAAAAAUGAUUUUUUAGAAUGGAGAAAUUUACAUACUAAAUAAUAUGAAUACUACAAUAUUUUGGAAAAAUAAUUAUUAGGAAUACCAUUAAUUGAAAAAGAAUAAAUUGCACUUCAAAAUUUUAAAUUAGAUAAUAUAAUGUAAAAAAUUCGAUAAAUGUCUAUUGAAUUAUAAAGAUAUAAUGCAAUAGAAUGGAAUUACUUCAUUGAUGCAGCUAUCAAUAAUAAUUGA